GUUUAGACUGCCUGUAGCUCUGUUCUGUUCGCUGCGCGUUUCCCGCCGCCCCAGAUGCUGUUCCAUUCGCUCCUCCGCCAGCCCCGCUUGGGCGCGGUUGGGCAUGGGUGGUCUUCACAGUAUCCUCUCCAGUCACUCCUAGCUGGUUACCAGUGCAGUUAUAAUGAUGAUCACAUUUCUUAUGGAGAGAUGGGAGUUCCAGUUCCUCCUUUUGGGUGUACCUUUUCUACUGCUCCCAACUUGGAGCACAUCCUUGCAGUAGCCAAUGAAGAAGGUUUUGUGAGACUAUAUAACACAGAAUCUCGCACUUGCAGAAGGAAGUUCUUCCAAGAGUGGAUGGCCCAUUGGAAUGCUAUCUUUGACCUGGCCUGGGUCCCUGGAGAGCACAGACUUGUCACAGCAUCAGGAGAUCAGACAGCCAAGAUCUGGGAUGUGAAAGCUGGCGAGCUCAUUGGAGUUUGCAAAGGUCAUCAAUGUAGCCUCAAGUCAGUUUCCUUCUCUAAGUUUGAGAAAGCUGUCUUCUGUACUGGUGGAAGAGAUGGCAACAUUAUGGUCUGGGAUACUAGGUGCAAUAAGAAAGAUGGAUUUUAUAGACAAGUGAAUCAGAUCAGUGGAGCUCACAACACUUCAGACAAACCAACCCCACUGAAGUCCAAGAAGAAGCAGAUUGCAAGAGGACUUGCUCCUUCUGUGGACUUCCAGCAGAGUGUAACAGUGGUCCUGUUUCAAGAUGAGCAUACACUAGUGUCAGCAGGAGCUGUGGAUGGAGUGGUCAAAGUAUGGGAUUUGCGCAAGAAUUAUACCACCUUUCGACAAGAGCCUCUGGCCUGCAAAUCCUUCCCAUACCCAGGUAGCAGCACACGAAAGCUAGGGUACUCAAGUUUAAUUUUGGACUCUACUGGCUCUACUCUGUUUGCUAACUGCACAGAUGAUAACAUCUAUGUGUUCAAUAUGACAGGAUUAAAGACUUCUCCAGUGGCCACCCUCAGUGGACAUCAGAAUUCAACCUUUUAUGUCAAAUCCAGCAUUAGCCCAGAUGAUCAGUUUCUGAUCAGUGGCUCAAGUGAUGAGUCUGCCUACAUCUGGAAGAUCUCUGAGCCUUGGUGUCCUCCCACUUUGCUCCUGGGUCAUUCUCAAGAAGUCACAUCUGUGUGCUGGUGUCCAGCUGAUUUUACCAAGAUUGCUACAUGCUCUGAUGAUAAUACCAUGAAGGUCUGGCGUCUGAAGCGUCGCCUGGAAGAAAAACCAGCACCAGACAAUCACACGCUAGUGGGUUGGGCAUAUCAGAAGAAAACAGAGGAGAGAGCUGGCCUAGCAGCAAUGACAAGCAACCAGAUGACUCCUGCCAAAGCUCCUAGAGUAGAGAACAGUCCACUUGUUUCUUCUCCAUGGUCGGCAUCUUGUGCUCCAAAUUACGCUGGGGAUCUUCCUCUCUCCUCUAACACCCCUACAUCCUCUGUGAAAACCCCUCUUGCCAAGGCCCAGACUCAGACCAGUCAAAAGGACUCUCCAACUUCCAUUUCCCCCAAGCCACCUUCAUCUUCCAAGAUUUUGUUUCAAAACUGGGUGAACAGGACACCCUCUUCAUCUCUAUCCAACAUGCCACCUGUCCUUGAGGUCCUGAUUCCAUCUCCCAGGAAAGCCCUCACUCCUGUGAGUCAGACUCUGUCCCAAGCAGUGGCCAACCCUGAAACAGCAGCCCUAUCUAGAAAUAAAGCUAAGAGGAGAUUGGAUUCAAGCUGUCUGGAAAACACAGAGCAGAACUGUUUAAAAGGCUGCAGCUGUGUCACAGAGCUGGAGGGGAAGGCUAAAAGAUCUCAUCUGGAUCUGUGCUGCCUGUCAGGGAACCAGGGGACCAGUAGUAAUGACCUUCUGGGACUAACCAAAUUAAAUGAAAUGGAAAAGGCCAGUGAGAAUAAUCCAGCUUCAUCGUCUCCUACCAGUGUCUGUACUCCAGCAGGCUUUGGAUCACCACCUCUUUGUUUCAAACCUUGUGGAGGAGGGCCUGAAGUGGUAGACAAAGAGAAUAGUUCUCCUGAGAGAAAAAACUGGCUGUUGGCUAUGGGGGCAAAGUGGAGGACUGAAAAAGGUGGGAACCGGAGUCCUUCCAAUGGUUCAUCUUCUCAAACUAAGAGACAAGAUGGAAAGACCUCUCCAGUUGCAACUACACCUGGUUCCAUGAGAAAGAUCUGUACAUACUUUCAUCGAAAGUCCCAAGAGGAAUACCAUAGUCCUGAGCAGUCUUAA